AUGGCUCGUGGCCCUCUCAGGCGCAGACAGAACUACCGCAAUGCGCCUUCUCCGGUAUAUGGCAGAAAGGUCCCAAACAGCAGUCCGGCGAAGUUGGAACUCGAAAAGAAGCUGGCGCAUAAGCCUGUCGGGAAACGCCCGGUAGAUAGCGACGACAGCGAUAGGCUCGUUGUCAAAGGCAAUGGACGGCGGGGUAGAAAUGCUACGACGCAGGAGUUUUAUGCCUCUGGUGCGGUGGCUUCCGGCGACAAACCAGGCGCAUAUCCGAGCCGAGUGCAGAGAAGGCAAAACAUGACAAGAGAUACACAGGAGAUUCUCGCGAAUGCGCAGCAGAGCGCGCAGAAAGAUGCCGCGUCCGGGCCGCCCACCACGAAACGCCCACUGCGCGAAGUCAAUGGAUUGAGCGGUGGAGAGCAUGAGAAGGCGGCGCUCUCAAAAACAGUGCCAGCAUCUACGAUCAAAGCACCGAGAGGGCUACCGCGAUCUGCCCAACCCACUCCAUCACGGGAAACGUCUGUUUUAGGUACACUCAAGCCCCGGAGGAGACAGCCUAGUAUUCUGCAAGACCUGGGCCUGGACUCGUCAACACUCGACCUUGAAGAUGAAGACCAGUUCUUGCCGGAUGACGAAUCAACACCGUUCACCCUUCCCAAAACUCACAAUGCUUCCAUAACGCCAGCCACGGAUUCACCUUACACGUCGUCGUCACGGAAAAGGAAGUAUGGCUCGUCUGAUCCUUUGCAGCCAGAUGUCAAUGGAGGUGGCCAGAGACAGACGACAUCACCCAUAACUACGGUAGAUUCGCAAAAACCAACAUCACAUCCUGUUCUACCACCAAUGCCAGUGUCCGCCCUUCGAGAGUCAGGACGAAAACAUCGUAAGCAUGCGGGCGAAGACGAUAUAUUGGCCCCCCCUGAAAGCAGCUCCUCGCUCUCGGCAUCUCCAGCGAAGAUGCAAUCCCCUGCGGCCACAAGAAAAUCCAGAAAGGAGCCCAAGCCUCUGACUGCCAUUACUACAGACGCUUUACGAGCUCAGGUCAUGCCUACGAAACGGAGGAGGACCGCACGAGAACACCCUCACACUCAGAGCGAGUUCGAUAUCCCAGCCGAUCUUGACGAAUCGCCCGGCGAGCCCUCAGAGCCAGACGACGAAUCCAGCUUCCUGCCCACUAAGAAAGGUCGCAGGACGAAGCGGAAAGAGCCUGUUGUAGGGGCUGCCAGUGCGCGGACAAAGGGGGUUGCAAGGGGAACAAAGGGUGGCAGUAAUGUAAAGCGUGGCAUACCCGCCAGGGCUACAUUUAAAUCACAAUCAAGUACGAGACGUCUCAUCACUACCACCAAGCCUGUCCUUACGCCCUCUACGUCUACUUCUGCCAAGAGGAAUCGCAAAACUAAGUCUCCGUCACAGCUUUCUUCCGUCGAAGUUACGACUUCACGCCCAAAUCCACACGAAGAGCAAGACGAAAGCCAGCACAAGCAGUAUGGUGGCUCCCGCCGACGGCGACAAGACAAGGUCGAGGGUCCAGACAAGGAAAAUCUUGGCCUCGACGCUGGCUUGUCAGAUGAUUCUGGAGUUGAAAGUGCAGACGCCGUUCUUAGCGGGCCAAAAGAUUCAGAGAAGACUCCGGAUGCAGUCCCAGCAGUGGAGGAUGUGGCGACUAUAAGUAAGAACAAAUGGGCCGAUAUUGACGCUUGGGAUAUGGAUUUUGAGGAGGUCGAGGUAAUGACUGGAUCGGGCGGUAGUUCGCCUAUGCGUCGCUGA